CACUGCGUAUCGGCGCACAUGUUGAACGACCGAUACGCAGCUAAAGAUUCGCUAAGAGCACGGGCCUCGUAGUCGCAUUUCCAACGGCUGUCCGCAUUGUACGGGUGUGCUCGAUUUACGAUCUUCAGGUCCAAAAGCAGGCCUUAGUGAACUGUUAUGAAUAUUGAGGUGAAUAUCGAUGGUGUUUAUUACCCAGCUACAGCUGAGCGAAUUUCGGAGGAUGAAAAGUCUUUAGAGACGUCGUACCCUGGAGACUGGCGUCCACGAGAAUCAGUAGGCUUUGCUAAUUGUCGCGUCCUUCAAGCGAUCACUUCUCAACCGAUCCAUAAAGGAGACGUCAUCGAAGCCUUAUUUCAACAACAAAAUGGCCAGAGUGGAUGGCAGAAGGCAACAGUUCGUGAAAUCAAAGCGGAUUUUAUCGUCGUUGACUCUGCUGAGGGUCCGCAACAUACCGACGUGGUAGCGGCCAACAAAUGCCGUUCUAAUGGUGCGCAGUAUUUGCGAAUAACUCCCGCUGAUCUAAGAGUUGACACAAUCAGCGUUCCAGAGGAUCUCGUCGACCAUUUUUCUGUUGCACAGAAUCUGCUAGAAUUUCAAAAUACCGUUAAAGAUAUCGCCAUGAUCUUUGACAAAGAAAAGCGCGAGAUAAAGCUGUGCUCGUUUGGGACGAUUUCGCUCAAAAAGGCAGUUGUUCUUAGCGAAAUGUAUUUCAGGGACGUACGCUUGAGAAACCAGCUACGCGCUCGAGCUGAAGAGGCCGAACGCAUGUUGCAGCAUGGCGGUCAACGCAAUGAUCGAGAUUCUCCAUUUGUGGAUGAGUUUGAGGUCGCUGCUGAUCUGAUGGGGCUUGCCAUUGGUACCCACGGAUCAAACAUACAGAGAGCCAGAAAUGUCGAAGAUGUGGACGACAUUCAAGUAUUUGAAGGUGGCGGCGACGGGCAGCCAUGCAUCAUAAAGAUUUUUGCGAAGACAGCAGCUGCUGCUCAAAAAGCGCGAGCACAGCUUGACUUCGGUGUUGAAUGUGUGCACGUGCCGAGAUUUCUUGUAGGAAAAUUGAUCGGAAAGAAUGGAAAAUGCAUCCAGGAAAUAGUAGACAAGUCCGGUGUGGUGCGAGUUCAGAUUGCAGGAGAGGACGAUGACACUAUGGAUCCGGUACCUUUCACUUUCACGGGAACCAGAGAGUCAACAUCUAUGGCCUCAUUCCUGGUAGACUUCCAAAUCAAUCAUCUCAAGGAAACCGAAGGAUUACGUAACAAUAUCGAAGAUAUGAUGCGGCAGGCCUACAGCAAUAGCACUUAUCAACGCAAUGGCUAUGGUGAUCGUGGUGGUUUUGACAGGCGCGGAGGACGCCGCGGACGUGGUCGAGGCGGCUAUCGCAACGGUAGUCAAAAUGGUGGCUCUGCCAAUGGAAGUUCAAGCAACGUAGGAAAACCUUGGAGACUAUACUUCGUACUUUCGCCGAAAUGA